AACAGGUAGUUUAACAACAGAUUUUUGCAUGACAUGGAUUAUAUGAUUAUGUGUCAGAAAGCAGUGGAACGCAACAGAUCUUCACAACACAAUCUACAAGACUGAACAAGACUCUUCUCACCCUUUCAUUUCACUUCCAAACUCUAAACAAUGGAGCGGCGGAUUGUUCUUCUGGGGAAAACUGGAUCAGGGAAAAGUGCCACUGGAAACACCAUCCUUAAGAGCAACUAUUUUGAAGUGAAAUCUUCUCCUGUAUUAGUGACUAAAAAAUGUGAAGUGAAAACAAGUGGGCACAUUAGGGUUAUUGAUACACCAGGCUUGUUUAACACAGUGCUAACUCCACGCCAAUUAAGAGAAGAAAUUGAUGAGUGUAUGAGCAUGUCAGCUCCUGGUCCUCAUGUGUUCCUGCUGGUGGUCAAACUGGGCAGAUUCACAGAUGAAGAAAAGAAUAUACUGCGGUGGAUUAAGGAGAACUUUGGAAAACAUGCCUUGCGCUACACCAUUAUUGUGUUCACUCAUAUUGAUCAGCUUAGAGAGGAGAAACUGGAAGACUUUUUGGCAGAGAGCACAGAACUAUGGCAGCUCCUCAGCAGCUGUGGAAAUCGCUAUCAUGCAUUUAACAACAAUGAUUCCAAUCCUUCCCAGGUAGAAGAGCUGAUGCAGAAGAUUGAUAACAUGGUUUUGAUGAAUGGCAAGCUUUAUUACACUUCUGAGAUGUACAACUAUGCUCAGGGAAAGGCCGGAUCUGGGGAAAUGUUUGCUUUAGGCUUUGUUGCUGCUACAGGAAUAGCUGCAGGACUAGCAGUUUUAGGAAUUUUACUCAGAAAAUGAAUCCAGUGUUGACCAAAACAUAAUGAAAGUCAAUACUCAAUCUCAUUUAACACAGCCAGACCUGACAAUGUCAAAUAUCACAGAGUAAUAAGGAGCAUUACAUUACAAAACUGAACUGUGAUUCAUUCAUGGUACAUGUACAUGGACUGGAUCCGUUUAUUAGUUUCCUUUGCGUGAUAUUUUUUUUAAAUGUACCUCUUAAAUGGGUUUGGACUUAACCCUUUAAUGUCCAAAGCAAUGGAAAAAUUCUUAUUUUGCAUUAUUUAAUUAAUUCAGUCAAUAAUAACAACAAUAUAUAACUGUUUUUUUAACAGACCCCAAAGUUAUUUAAAUUUAAAAUUUAUUUAGGCCUCUACCAAACGGCUGCCCAAUCCACUUGGGUUAAGUUAAAAAAAUUGUUAAUGAAAUAUAUUGACUCGGUGAAACGGUCACACAGAACAUUAAAGGGUUGAAACAUUUAUCUCAUUAGCAUUGUUAUGUUUUUUUUUGUUUGACUGUAUGAACAUUUUGAAUUAUUUUAACCCUUUCCUGUAAGAUGUGGGAUUAGCUUGAAGUAGAAUUUGGAAAGUCUAACAAUGUGUGUAAUAUUGAAAAAUGUAAUAAAAAAUGU